CUUGGGCUGGCUCGAAAAGGCAAACAAAUAAAAGGAAGAGUAUUAGCUGCCUAGAGAUCUACGGUUCGCGGACUUGCAGUCGGCUAUCGCCGGCGACACGCGUCAGGAGUGCCGACCGACUCGGACGCUGCAUGACAUCGCUGGCCUCGCGCUGAAUCGGCGUCAGCUCCCACUGCGCUCUUGAUCCGAUAGCUUCGUGGGCUCGACACACACGGCAGAGGGAGAAGAAGCGCUGAGCAUCCCGACGUUCAUAUAUCAUUCCAGUGGAAAAGCGUGCUCUUCAAACGACCGUAUCCCGAAGAGCGAGCGCCGCUUGGGAUAAGAAAUGGCUGCAAAUUCUGUUCCCACUGUGACACUUUCGACGGGGUUCAAGAUUCCAAUUAUUGGCCUUGGAACGUGGCAGUCAGACCCAGGCAAGGUGGAGGAAGCAGUGAAGAUUGCCAUUGAUACGGGCUACCGGCAUUUUGAUUGUGCCCUUAUUUAUCAAAAUGAAAAUGAAGUGGGCAGCGCCGUCAGUGCAAAGAUUGCUGAUGGUACCGUGAGUAGGGAAGACCUCUGGAUCACCAGCAAGCUCUGGUGCACCUACUACACUCGUGCCAGAGCAGUUGAAGGAUGCCAGCUGUCUCUGAAACUUCUGGGUCUGGAAUACCUGGACCUCUACCUCAUGCACUGGCCAUUUGGUUAUAAGGAUGGCGACGACUUCUUUCCACGUGACGCCGCGGGGGAAAUAAUUGAUAGCGAUGUCGAUUACGUUGAAGUUUGGAAGGGAAUGGAAGACUGCGUUGCCCAGGGCUUGGUGCGAAGCAUAGGUGUCUGCAACUUCAACAAGCAGCAAAUGGACAGACUUUAUGAGUCUGCUUCAAUAAAGCCAGCCGUUCUACAGGUGGAGUGUCAUCCGUAUUUGAACCAAAGUGAGCUGCUCAGCUUCUGCCGAGAGCACAACAUGGCAUUAACUGCUUACAGCCCACUUGGCUCCCCUGAACGACCCUGGGCAAAUCCUGACGAACCAACCCUCUUAGAAGAUCCUGUCAUCAAGUCUAUUGCUGAGUCCCACGGAAAGACAUCAGCUCAGGUUUUGAUUCGUUAUCAAGUUGAGAGAGGAGUAGUCGUCAUUCCAAAAAGUGUCACAAAGGAGAGGAUCAUUGAAAACUUUGAUAUAUUUGACUUCAAUCUUACUCCUGAGGAGAUGGAAGCCAUUGAUGGGUGCAACAAAAAUUUCAGAUAUGUUCCUGUGACCUGGUCAAUUAAGCACAAGUACUACCCUUUUCAUGAAACAGCAUAAAUUUUCAGCUCUGAUUUGUGUUGUUCUCAAUGACACCGGUUCACACGUAGGCAGUAGUGCUUGACCAUUUAGAAAUAGUUUUAUUUGGAGGCAGAUAUAUACAGGGACUGUGCUAGAGUUGUCGAUAUAAGCAUGGCCUUAAGGAAAUCUUUAAAAAAAUGUAAUUCACACAAUCAUUCAUUUAAGUUAUUGCGGUGUUCAAUACGAUUACACAAUUAAACCCUGAUUCCCAGUGUAGAAGCCAUUUCAGCAACUACAACUACGAAGUAAUGGGCUAUUUUAGGAUAAGAAGUAGAAAUAAUUGUAAUUUGUCAAUACUGAGACCUUUCUGUUGUGCUUUGUAUGCAUGCGUAUUGUCAACGAUUGACUUAAUGUUGUAUACACCAAUAGCACAUUUCAUUCUUGAAAAAGGUGUUGCCACCAUGUCUAGUGACCGCGCAAUAUACUAUAAUCACGAAUGCAGUGCACCCUCCUUGACGCUUUAAACCUGCCUUUUACAAGGUGUGCAAAUACUGUUAUUCUAAAAAUAAAUA